UAAUUUAAUAUGCUUUUCCUUACAUUCUUAAUUAGUGUUUCUAUAGCUUCUCAAGACUUACUCAAGAAAUGCUAUUUAGAACAAUUCACCAUUGGUGAUCCUGAAGGUAAUAUGCAUUUUAGAAUUCUUUAGUUAAAAUUUAGAUCUAUUUUGAGGAUCAUGUAAUAAAGAAUCAUCAAAUCGAAUAUGAAUGUUUGGAAUUUAUCAUAUCAAGAGGAUAUUAUAAAGUUGCAUUGAGUCUUUAUGAGAAUUAUUUCCUUUUAAAUCACAUCGACAUUACUGAUAGAAUUGUGUAUUGUUCUUUAAUUUAUUUAGUUAAUUCUUAAAGAAUGAUAAGUAUCUCAAUUAAAGAGAAAUGUAAACUCUAUUCAAAUUAGCAAUGGCAAAAAGUAAUUAAGUCUAAGUUGUCUAACCUGUUGUUUAAUGGGCUCAAUCAAAAAACGCUACAUUUAUUAAUAUCAAGUUCUCUCACAGAUAAGAUGCACCUGCUUGUUUGAAUGCAAAAUUAGAGGUAGUUGAAAUAAAGAAUGAUUCCCUUUUGAUUGAAGCAUUUGGAAUUGUUUCACAUAUUCCAUUCAAAUAUAGAUAUGCAAUUAAAUUGUAUAAACCAAUCGAUCCAGCUACUAGUUAUGAGAAAGUGGAAUCUGUAGGAACUAUGUAUGUAAAUCUAACAAAGAUAGAACCAGGUAAUUCCAUAAUAAUAUUAAUUAGUCUUAUGGUUAAGAUUGACUGAAGAAGAUUAUAAAACUCCUAUUUGGUGGGACUUAAAGGAUAAUUUCAGAAAAGACAUGGAAGAAUUUGCUUAAAUGCUUGAAAAAGAAAGUGAAAGGAAAGAAAGAAAUGCAGAUAAAUAGGCAAAAAAAAACUAGAAAAAGAGAGAUUAAGAAAAACAAAAAUAAACUUCACAAAAAGCUCAAGAAGCCAAAAGAUAAUUAGAAUAUGAACACAAUUAAUGCUAUAAACCAGGAAAAUGUGAAAUUGGAUGGUAUUAAAGAUAAUGA